CGCAAUCUGCGCAGUGUGUGUCCCGCUAGUUUGCCGUGUGUUUUGAGUUCUCUGGCAAAAGUAAGUAAUCAGAGAAAACACUGUCAGUCUGGUGGAUAAAAGCAGAAUGGAAGUAAUGGACAGUCCUCUAAAUCAAGCCCAUUAUUACAGUCGAAAGGCAGACCGAUUAGUGGCUAAAGAAAAAUAUGGGGAGGCGAUUUUAUGCCAUGGUCAAGCAGCAGAGCUCUUGAAAGAGGCCUUGUCAACGACACAGAGUGAACAGGUAAGGCUGUCUUUAGCCAUCCAGAGAGACAGACAUCUCCAACAGCAGCAACUGAUUCAGGUGAGCUGCACACAAGGUCAACCCAAAGGGAAGACCAUGGUCAGCUUUUCAAAACACACUUCGGUACGGUCUAGUCAAACGGCCCUCCAAUAUGAAGCCCAGCCACCUCCAGUUGGCCGGAAGACGGCAAAAGAUGACAAAACUCGUCUGGAAGAGCACACCACCGCCAUCGCUGACUUGUGGAAUCUUGUGGCUCUUCUGCUAAAGGAGAAUGAGCAGCUAUCAGAGGAACAUGAGAAACUGAAGGUGGAGAAUGCACGUCUGAAGAGAGGUCUUGAUGAAGAGAGUCCCUUAACUUCUGUAGCUGAAACGGCUAAGAUGUUUUCACCGCCGAGUGUCAAUCUCCUGAACGUGCCGCACCUUCAACCUCCAGGAGAGGAUCCAGCUUUUGUGGGAAAGAGCAAACGAGAACUAGUCCUGCAUCUUUUUACUGCAUGAACGAGAGCUCCCACUGAAAACAUUAUGAUGUUAAUAGCAUGAAUGUUUGUCAUUGUGAACUAGUUUAGAAGUGAGCUUACAUUACAAAAUUACAAAAAUGAUCACUGACUCGCCUUUGUGUCAUUUCAAACCUGUAUGACUUUUCUUCUGCAGAACACAAAUAAAGACAAUUUGAAUAAUGUUGUUAACCAAACAACAUUGGACCCCAUUGACUUUCAUUGUAUGAACACAGACAUUUCUCAAAAUAUAAGACUGAAUAAAAAACUUUAAAGACACUUGACAUUUAGGAUUUUGAAUUGUGGAUUUAAUCAAUCAGCCUUAGUGAUGAAAUUUUGUCAUCAUUUGCUCACCCUCAUGUCAUUUCAUACCUGUAUAAAUUAUAUUAGAAAGAUAUUUGGAAGAAUGUUAGCGAUUUUCAGUUCUGUGACAUCAUUGACUGCCAUAGUAGGAAAAAUUAAAUGGUAGUCAAAGGUGCCCCAGAACUGUUUGUGUUCCUAAAUUCUUCAAAAGAUCUCACUUUGUGUUCAACAGAACAACAAAAUAUAAAUAUACAGUACUAUGGUAGUGGAUGAUGUCGCAGUACUGAAAAUGGCUAACAUUCUUACAAAUAUCUUUCUUUGUGUUUAACAGAACAAAGAAAUGUAUAUAGGUUUGAAACAACCCGAGGGUGAGUAAAUGAUGACAGAAUUUUUAUUUUUGGGUGAACUAUCCCUUUAAAUAAAGUUUUU